AUGACGACGAUGAUCUCUAAUCUUCCAAGGGUUUUGAUAGAGGAGAUUUUUUUUAGGGUUCCUUUGAAAUCUUUGAGAGCAGUGAGAUUAACUUGCAAAAGUUGGAACACUCUAUCCAAAAGUAGGAGCUUUAGGAAGUUGUACAUUAGUAAAAGAGCAACAAGAGAAGAGGAGUCCAUGAUGAUCGCUAUGAUGAAUUUCGAUCUUUAUUCAAUGAGGGUCGUAGUUGACGACGACGUUGAUCCAUCUAAAGCGUUUAAAAAAAAAAGGAAUAAAAAAUCUAUAGCGUUUAAACGUCAACCUAUUUUCCUUGAUGAACAAGUCAAGAUAUCUCAAGUUUUUCACUGUGAAGGUUUAUUGUUAUGCUUCUUAAAAGAAGACGAUACAAGGGUUGUCGUUUGGAAUCCGUAUUGCGGACAAACAAGGUGGAUCCAACUCAGAUAUUCUCACCGUCCACACAAAGACAGGUUCAUUUACGCUCUAGGAUACAAGGAUAAGGAAUCUCGUGGUAGCUUCCAAUUAUUGAGGUUUGUAGAUUAUUUCCUAGGAGCACCCAAAAAUCAAUAUUUUUGGUAUGAAAUUUACGAUUUUAACUCUGAUUCAUGGACAACUCUUGAUGUCACUCCACACUGGUGUAUAUACUGUUGUGACCGUGGUGUUUCUCUCAACGGAAACACUUACUGGUGUGCUAAAGAAAGGAAAGCAGAAGACGAUAUUGUCGAUCACAUCAUAUCUUUUGAUUUUACAAACGAGAGAUUUGGGCCGCUUUUGCCUUUGCCGUCUAAGGUUAUGGAACAUGAAUAUGAAAUUGUAACUUUAUCUUAUGUUAAAGAAGAGAAGCUUGCAGCUUUAUUUCAGCAUUACGAAGCAGAUUGGAAUGAGUUUGAUAUAUGGAUUACGACUAAGAUUGAUGCUGAAGUGGUGUCGUGGAGCAUGUUCUUGAGAAUGGAUACGGGACCUAGGAUAGAGGUUCCACAUAUAUGUGAAGGUUUCUUCAUUGAUGAGGAGAAGAAAGUCGCCAUGGGUUUUGAAGAAGACUUCGAUCGCAAAACAUUUAUCAUCAUUGGAGAAGCUGGAUACGUAAGAAAAUUGGAUAUCAAAGCACAUGUAGACAGAAAAUGUCGGCCAACUGUGUGUUCUUAUGUUCCAAGUUUGGUCCAAAUCAAGAAACCUGCACGAGGCAAAAGGAAAAGACAAAGCAGCUUAGAAAAGCGUCUAUUUGAUCAAAACAUGUUGAGACUUGAAGCAUUUAAAAAGCUAGGCGGCUACUUCUAGAAGCAAUAUGCAG